AUGACCCACUGUAGUGACAAUGAAAAGGAUGAGCAGAGCGAUGAUGAUGGAGCACAAAGACUGCAGGAGAACUUGAAGAAGACAAGUAAAGGAGGGAAACAUGUGUCUUUCCCUCCUGAUGGACAGAUAGUAUCCGGCUUUGCUGAGCACAAGAACGCUGACAGAAAGGAUGAGAGCUGCCUCACCUUGACAGAGGUAACAGCGGCCUACCAGCAGAGCUGCAGCAGACACCAGGUUCAACCACGACCACACAUCCUGCAGCAACUCCAGCAGGGCGUGUGUGUAGGUGGCAGUGUGAAAUGUCUGGAUCUCAAAGGUGAGCGAUUAGACCACCGCUCCUGUGAAGCUCUGGAAGUCGUCCUGAAAUCGCUGCACUUUGAUUUCAUCAAUCUGCAGGCGGCCCAACUGGAAGAAAAUGGAGCUGCGUCCUUGCUGGAUAUGAUUUCGUACUAUGAAUCCACAACCCAUCUUGACAUUUCUGACAACAGCAGUAUGGGAACAUCCGGUUGGAGGGCCCUCGCUCAUUUGAUAAAGCAGAGUGUGUGUCUGUCCAGACUGGAUGUGUGUAACGUACCCAUGGUGGACUACCCGGCACUGGCUCUGUCUAAAGCUCUGCUCACCAGCCGGCUCACAGUGCUGCACCUCCACAAUGCCCAGCUCAGCGGCAUGCCACUGUACACACUUGUUGGUGCACUGAAGGUGAACAGGGCUCUGCGAGAGCUCCACCUGACCAACAACCUGCUGAACAGCUACCAGGACGCCCUGCAGCUUGGAGACCUGCUACGCUACAACACCACGCUGCGGACUCUGGAGCUCAGCCGCAACGCCGUGGCAGAUGCUGGUCUGGAAGAGCUGUGUGACGGUCUGAGGCGACAGACAGCAGGUCUCAAGCUCUUACUGCUGAGGAACAACCAGAUCACUGCAAAGGGCAUGGUCCAUCUGGCCAAGACUCUGCCGCUGCUGAAGGUCCUGCAGGUCCUGGAUUUGGCCGAGAACGUCCUGGGCGACGAGGGGGUCCAGGACCUCCGGACCCCUCUGAUGGUGAACUGCUCACUGCUGCAGCUUGGCCUGGCCCAGACCAACAUCACGUGUGAAGGGGCUGUGGCAUUGGCCGAGGUCCUCGCUGAGAACUGUCACAUUCAGCGUCUGGACCUCAGUCAGAACCCGGUGCGGGUCGGCGGCCUGAUGGCCUUAUCUCUGGCCCUGAGGAUCAACUGCUCACUUGACAGUCUGGAUCUGGACCAGGUCCCUCCGGAGGAGCAGGACCAGUUUCUGAUGGAGACUCAGACCAGACUUCGGUCAGAGAUCCGCCAGAGUUGCCUCGCCAACGCCAGGCGCCUCAGCCGCCUCCCCACGGACCCCUCGGAGGCCGACGGGGCCCGAUGA